AUGGCUGGUUGUUUCUUGUCCGUUCAAGCACUCUUCUUGACGUGCCUCUUCUGGGGAGCUUGGCUAAGCUGCAUUGCUAGUGCAAAUCAAGGUAUGACUAAAGCCAACUGUUAAUAUAUGCACACACCUUAUACAUUCACCUUCAUUUUUGUUUUGCCACUAGGUGUAAUAUUUUAUAACCUUCACUGCCUCCCAUUCGAAAAAAAGCUGAAACUCAACAUGGGAGAGGACUACACCUGACUCUGUGCUAAGCAAAAUGAACGAUUCAGGUCCCAUGAUUUUUGGCUGAAGUUGUGGAUACAGUAUACUACUACUUACAAUGUCAUGCGGUACCCUAAAAGCAAAAACUAAGCUUGAGAAAAAGCCAAAGUGGGCUAGAUUACGAUAUAACAGGAACAAAAUUCUUGAUAACGGUUUUGACGGCACUGGACAAGUCUUUUUGAAAUGACUUUUAUGUUUUUAUUUAAAAGGCAUUAACGUUUAAUUCAAAAUGUUUGACCACAUACCCCUAAAUUUGUUACAACCAUAAGGAAAGAGAAUUGUUGAGAACUUAAAUAGAACAACUACAACGAAUAUCUUAAAAGUUCAUGACUCAAGCUGAGGUUAAUGAGAGAAAAACACAGACCGGCCGUAGCUAUGACAGGAAAAGUUUUGUUUGAACUUUUAUGAAUCAUACUUCUAGUUAUUCACGCAAACCUUUCUCUUUUGAGGACAAUCAAUGACUCAACUGAACCUUUCCCACGUAGCAGAAGAAAAAACCCUACAAUUCUUACUUGGAAUCAGUAUCAGACAUUCUUUUGGGUCCAGACUGCACCGAGGCCAACCUUAAACGUUAAUUAACCGAUUACCAAACUUUGAAGAAAAUCUAUAUCUGAUAUUCAACUAGGAAAGGGAAAAAAGUGACAAGAAAAAUGCAGCUGCGUUGUUGAGCUUACGACACAAACGAUCAUGUACGGCAACAUAGAUUAGCCUACAAUUUUUGUGCCCGCCCAAGGGCGAUGGGGGAUGUGUUUCUAGAACCACAUCAGUUGGAAAUUAAAAACUGUUUUUAAAAAAAUCCACUUGAAAUUCGGUGUCGAAUUUUAGAAGGGGUAGGAUGAUCGACAUGGCUUAAGGGCCUUAUAGGCUCUUUCUCUUAUACGGAACUUUAAAUCAAUAAUUAAACGAGUGUGCAACUACAUCAAUUUGACGUUGCCGUGGAGACGACAAAGCUUGCCCUUUGAAAUGCAACAGUUUACUCACUGCAUAAAAGAUUAUAAACUAAAAGAAAGGCUGAAAUUAAGCGACAACAGUUUGACGGUUGUCAUGAAGUAUUUUAUUUAAAUUCCUAGUUAGUGAUCCUUCAAGAAACUUAUUAAUUAGUUAUUUCGUUUUGUUAUUUACUUCGGUCGGUGGGAAAGCUCCUGUAGGUUGUCUAACGGCUUCGACAUGGCAGGCUGUUAUUUCUGGCGAAAUUUUUUUGGGGAAAAUCCCUUUUUUCAUUCAAAAACUCGCUGGGGUAGGCAAAAGUCUGAAAGUAGAAAAAAAAUAACUAAAAGCUUCCAACGUACCUCACAUCAGUUCUCUCUCCGGCGAUCGAUAGCUUCUGAUCACUUCACAGAUACUCCAAUUUAGUUCCAAAGUUUUUAAAUGUCAUUGUGGAAUAUUUAGCUGCUUUACAUUCAUGGUAACCUGUUCUUGUUGUUGAUGUUGGUGGUGGUGUUAUGUUUUUGUCCAGUAAGCAGUCUGCAAAGGAUCGGUUAUUCAUUUAUAAACAAUCACGGUCGAGGAGCGUGGGAGAACGAAAGAAUUCAUUGAUGUUUUUUAACGUGUUCUCUGAAUUAACGUGGGUGAAAUUAGUAGCGGAAUAUUGAAAAAAGACUGAGUGGUUGAGACGCUCGGCGUUCAGUUAAUCUUACAAGUGUGGUGGGUGAGGGCGACCUUGAAAGCUGCUGGCAGACCUGGAAAGACCUAUUUCUUGCUGCGGUGAAAGACAAUAUUCCAACCAAGCGAGUGAGAGGUCGAAACCCUGUGCCCUUGCUCACUGGUGCCGUUAUCAAUCUUAUCAAGAAAAAGGAAACCGUACGCAGGAAACUAAGAUUGCACCCGUCGGAGUCACUAAAAAUUAAAUUUCAAACUCUGCGUUCACAAGUAAAGCGCACGAUCAAAGAAAGCAGGGACGAAUUCUUUGAGUCUGCUAACAUCGAGUUCAAGAUCAAUCACGUCUCUGGUCAGUAUUAAAAACUCGCUCAAAGUCGCAUAACAUACCACAAAGUGUCUCCAUGGCAACUGGUAACCUACGUGCAACCGCUGACACCCCAGAAGAAAUCGCAGACAUUUUUAAUAACUAUUUCACUUCAGUGUUCUCUGUUCUUCAAGAGGACAAAGUAGAUAACGGCGCAGGGAAAUUCCCUGCCGCAGAACCCCCCUUUAGCGAUAUUGUGCUGCACAUCGGAGAAGUUGAGGCUGUCCUAAAAUCACUAGACCCAAACAAAGCCACUGGUCCAGAUGAGAUCCCGGCUAGAAUCCUAAAGGAAACCGCCACUACUAUUGCUCCAUCACUAUGCAAGCUGUUCAACAGGUCUCUAGGGAAAGGCUAGAUACCGUCUGAGUGGAAAUUGGCCAAUGUAGUGCCUGUCUAUAAGAAGGAUGAAAAAGAUCAUGUUGAAAACUAUAGGCCUAUCUCCCUACUUUGCAUUAUUUCUAAAGUCAUCGAACGUUGUGUCUUGAACCGCAUCAAUGACCGAUUAGAAGAUCUGAUUGCGGACUGUCAGCACGGGUUUCGGAGUGGACGCUCAUGUGUCACAAAUUUACUAGAGACCCUAGAUUACAUCGGUGCUAUUCUUGAUAGAGCUGGUCAAGUAGAUUGUGUGUAUUUAGACAUGUCCAAAGCCUUUGAUAAGGUUAGACAUGACCUCCUUAUGGCAAAACUGCGGGAUACUGGCUUCGGAGGGAACCUGCUCACAUGGUUUCACGCGUAUCUCUGUGGCAGGCGCCAACGUGUUACCGUAAUAGGCGCGACAACACGUGACCUACCUGUCACCUCUGGAGUCCCACAGGGCUCAAUAUUCGGACCUGCUCUCUUCUUGUUAUAUGUGAAAAAAAUCCAGAUUCUAUCCUCAUAGCAAAGUGGCAAUGUUUGCAGAUGACACUUAAGUAUACAAGGUAGUGAUGUCUGAGGAUGAUGGCGCCGCUCUCCAACAAGAUCUGGAUAAUCUGUCUUCAUGGUCCGCUGCCUCUGGCCUAGCCUUCAAUGAUAAGAAAUGCUUCAGACCAUUACGAGGAAGCGCAAGCCCAUCUGUACGAGCUACGAGGUUAACGGUAGUACCAUCAAGUCCUGUGACGUAGAGCGUGACCUUGGCGUCUCCUUGGACUGUGACUUUACUUGGCACCCCAAGUCUCUCACCAAGCUGCACGCGCAAACAAGUUGUUAGGUUUCGUUAGGAGGAACUCUAGGUUUAUUCACAGUACUUCCGUAAGGCGCGCAUUAUACCUCGGGCUAGCUCGUGCUCAUCUUGGCUACGCAACCCAGAUCUGGAAGCCCCAAGGCAUUGAACUAAUUUCUAAACUCAAAAGUAUCGAAAGACGUGCCAUCAAAUUCAUUCUUUGCUUGCCUUUUUUUAACAAAUAUCUCUUACAAAUAAAGACUAAUGUCUGUAAACCUACUUCCUGUGUGCUACUGGCACGAGUUACUAGAUCUAGUAUACUUUUACAAGGCUACACAUAAUAUGACUCACUUAGAUCCGUCUGUUGUUCCCUUCGUGCGCGAAAGCGCGCGAAGGACCCGUAUAUCCGUAACGAGCUCUCAAUCUCUUGUGCCUAACAAAUGCAGGACUUCUACCUUUCAGAAAUCUUUUUUCAUUAGAACCACUAGAAUCUGGAACCUGCUUAUUACUAGACUUGACCUAGAUAAUGUUGCUUUUGAGAACUUAAAUCUGUUCUUUACGGUUAUUACUCCUGGGCUCUAGCAAUAAACUAUGACCCGGACUCUCCAAGGAGCUUCAAAAGUAUUUGCUUGAAAUGUAACACAGCCAGGUUUUUAGACCAAGAAAUUAGCUGCUGCAUCUGAUUUAAAUUGCUACUUUUAUAUCCUAUUAUUUUUUGGGUCGGCAGUAAUUGGCUUUAGCUGUUGUGGUGUCCCUGCCCAAAUAUUUAAGUUAUUAUUAGUGUACUGUAUUCUUACGUUCUUAUUACUAGUAUUUGCAUAUCUUCAGUGUCUUUUUUUUUCCUGUAUUCUUCAGGGCAAAGCUAAUAAAAUAAAUAAAAUAAAAUAGACGUUAACAUCGCUAUUUUUUUUUAGAUACCUGUGGCCACAUUCGGUAUUUGAAGUUUUUUGAUCGGGAGUAUGGCCUUUAUAUGUAUCUUCAAGGCCACACCUUUUUAAACCUUUCCAUUGGAGCAGGCAAAUCUUGCGAAACGGAAUGUCUUUACCGGAGAGAGUGCGUGGCAAUCAACAUUGGUCCAGCAAUUAAUGAUAUGAGGGUCUGUGAGUUGUGUAACUCAGAUCACAUACAGCAUCCUAAUGAUUUAAAACGAAGAGAACGUUGGACGUAUAAAGGUACACAGGUAGGGCGAAUUUCACUGGAAUAAAUUAAUGACGGCAAUGGUUGUGAAUUAUCUUGUGGUAAGCGUUUAACUGCUCAUAGCCCAAAAACUGAAGUUUUAGCUAUGGAAGUGAUGAUGACAAGGACGAUCAAAAGAUAGUGAUGACGACCCUUGGGUGUCAGAGACCUUUCAUAUGCGGUUUCCUGUUUCGGUUAACUGUUAUAGUGACCGUUCGUGUCUUGGGUUCUCUCCCGAAGAUUGCACUUGUCCGUCUUCCCUCCACACAGGGGGAACCAACCAAAACGGACUUUUACAAAGUCUAUACAAAGAUCUGUCGAGCGGCGAUGAAGAAGACAUAAAAUAAUGAUGAGAAUGGUGAUAGGGAGCAUUGACUACUUGCAGUUUCUCAGGAUGGUCACGAGUGCGAGAAUGUUACGUGUGAGCGAGCGAGCGAGGCAAACGCGCAAGGGGGAAGACGGAAAAGGAAAAGCCUCUCUCCAGUACCCUUCUCGAGGGUCUGAAUGGGGGAGGGGGGGUACCUAGAUAACACUAAACACUUCAUUUUGGGUUGUAACAUGAAAUAGAUAAAUUUUAGGCAUUUUAACACUAACAGUAAAGAUUCUUUGAAACAGUAAUUUUUUUCCAGAUAGAAGCAAAAACGGCUCCUAAAAGGCCAAUAUUAUUUUGUUUAGUAUAUCAAGGAGUUUUUGGCCAUUUUAGGACAAUUCCGAAUUAUUUCAGAAGAUUUCCGAAGGCUAUCGAAGAUUUCCGAAGAAGAGGUCCGAUCAUUGCCGAAGAUGUCCGAAGAACCCUCCAAACACUUGACAGUAUUUCUUCGGAGACAGUAAACAUAAUAAAAUUGGCUAAUUUAACAGCAAACACUCAAAAUUAUGGCAAAUAACACCAAACAUUAAACCCCAUUCAGACCCUCCUUCUCGACUGGUUCGUUCUCUCGAGCUCUGCCAAGUCUCGAUUCCACAGACUGAAAAGGGAACUGCUCGAAGUCUACAAUAUAAUAUUAAAAUUUCAUGAAGUCUAAAUUACGCUUUUAUUUUCCCUAGAAUAUUUGUGCCUACAAACCUUGCUUGAACAAUGCAAAGUGUUUCCUUGGAUAUACGGAUAAGGGGUUUCUUUGCGAAUGCCAGUCUGGUUACACGGGAGAACUCUGCGAAACAGGUAAUUAUGUGGCCAGCAAACGCAGACAUAUUCAGUCCAGUUUUCGCUUGACUGCGCCACAAAGAAUACUUUUCGGGCAGAAACAAACUGGAAAUACGUCUACGUCUACGUCUCCCAUACACUGAAUCGCCAGCCAGUAAACUAGAAACUCACCGUAGCCCGUUGCUUCGAGAUCCUUCGAGAUGGUUAGAAAAACGAAAGUGUAUCCUACCCAGAAAUGGAGGACAAGUGAACGUUACUUACUAAGAAAUAAUCAACGUUGUCAGGGUUAGAAAACAUCUGUGCCCCCCGGGGGAGGGGGUUCCGCAGGAACAUUUUAUCCUGGAAAGCUCCCCCUUGAGGUUAACCUAAGAUCAGGCUCUACUUUCGUUUCGCUUUGAAAGUAACAUUCCGGCGGGCAAGGCGAAACGAAAAGCGGUAGCCGUUAGAGAGAAUGUAUGAGAACCGCUAAAAUUGGGCCUGAUCUCAGGUUACCUUCAGGGCCAGCUCCUUACCCUCCUAUAUAAUACUUUUUGAGAGAAAAGGUGCCCCUCCCUUACCCAGUACCUUCCAUUGACAAAUGGUACCUCUUUCAAAUACCAAGUUUAGAACUUUCCAUUACUUUUAGCUGCUGUAAAUGUAAUGUGUUUAAACUGUGAAUAAAUUCACAAAACUGCCCAGGAAAUUUUCUCGACUUUUUCACAGCCAUAAAAUCCUUCUGUUGGCUCUUUUAGGUCCUUUUACAGACCGAAAUGACACAGAUUUCUCUACCCUCUCAUAUACUUCAACUAUUGAAAUCCCAACCCUUUCAUACACCUGAAGUCUGGAAAAGGUACCCCUUUCGCAAUUCGGGCGAAGCUUCCCCGUAUAAGCUAUUACAGGGGGUACCCCCCGGGAUUUAUGUUUGCUCCCCUCGCAAUGAGUGAAACAAUCAGUCUUCCUGAAACAAUCAGCAUGCUACAAAAUUGAUUAUUUUCUUGCGUUGAAUGUCUAGGUUUAUAUACGAUGUACGAGGUUGGUGGCUUGUUUUGUUUUGUUUUCUUUUUUUAGACCUGGACGAAUGCAAGGAUAAAACUCAUCAGUGUGACGUAAAUGCGAACUGUACCAACAUGCCUGGCACAUAUAACUGCACGUGCAGGCCUGGCUAUCAAGGCAAUGGGAGCAUUUGUAAAGGUAAAGCUUGCUUAUAAAUGUCAUAAUAAGACUUAAUUUCUAUUCAUUUCUUGUUUCUUUCGUUUCCUUACUCAGACAUCGAUGAAUGCGAAAAGGGAAGCCAUGAUUGUCACAAAAAUGCGAAUUGUACAAACACAGCUGGCUCUUACAACUGCACGUGCAGGCCUGGCGACAGAGGCAAUGGGAGCAUUUGUAAAGGUAAAAAUUUGGGAAGACCUUAG